ACUAAUCAUUCAAUUAGUAAUAUAUCUAAGAAGAAAGAUUAAGAGUAAUAUGAGAGGUUCAGGACAGCCGAGGCAUUGGCCUCGACUGGUUUAUGCCAUAGCGUUUUGUCUCGUAGCUACUAGUGUGAUUGCUGAUAAUUACUACAAGCCUUAUGUUUACGCUUCUCCGCCACCGCCGAAGCAUGUUGUUACCCAUCCUUACCUUUACAAAUCACCACCACCACCAAAGUAUGUUGAAGAUCCUCAUCCUUAUCAUUACAAAUCACCGCCACCACCUAAGCACGUGAGGCACCCACCAUACCACUACAAGUCCCCACCUCCACCCUCUCCGUCGCCUCCUCCUUCUUAUGUUUACAAAUCACCGCCACCACCUAAGCAUGUGAGGCACCCACCAUACCACUACAAGUCCCCACCUCCACCCUCUCCGUCGCCUCCUCCUUCUUAUGUUUACAAAUCACCGCCACCACCUAAGCAUGUGAGGCACCCACCAUACCACUACAAGUCCCCACCUCCACCCUCUCCGUCGCCUCCACCUCCUUAUGUUUACAAAUCACCACCACCACCUAAGCAUGUGAGGCACCCACCAUACCACUAUAAGUCCCCACCUCCACCUUCUCCGUCACCUCCUCCUCCUUAUGUUUACAAAUCUCCACCUCCUCCAUCCCCGUCACUACCGCCUCCAUAUUAUUACAACUCUCCUCCUCCUCCAUCUCCUUCAUCUCCCCCUCCUUACAUUUACAAGUCUCCUCCACCUCCUUCUCCAUCACCUCCACCUCCUUAUGUCUAUAAAUCACCACCACCACCUUCUCCAUCUCCACCUGCCCCCUAUGUCUACAAAUCUCCUCCUCCACCAUCUCCAUCCCCACCCCCACCCUAUGUGUACAAGUCUCCACCUCCCCCAUCACCGUCACCUCCACCUCCAUACAUAUACAAGGCCCCACCUCCACCAUCACCACCACCACCACCACCAUACAUCUAUAAGUCUCCACCUCCACCAUCGCCAUCACCACCACCUCCAUACGUUUACAAAUCUCCACCUCCACCAUCACCAUCACCACCACCACCAUACAUCUAUAAGUCUCCACCUCCACCAUCACCUUCACCACCACCCCCAUACGUUUACAAGUCCCCACCUCCACCAUCACCAUCACCACCACCACCAUAUGUUUACAAAUCCCCACCUCCACCCUCUCCAUCACCACCACCACCGUACAUCUAUAAGUCCCCACCUCCACCAUCACCAUCACCACCACCACCAUAUGUAUACAAGUCCCCACCUCCACCAUCACCUUCACCACCACCCCCAUACGUUUACAAGUCCCCACCUCCACCAUCUCCAUCACCACCACCUCCUUAUGUUUACAAGUCCCCACCUCCACCAACUCCCUCACCACCACCUCCAUACGUUUACAAAUCUCCACCUCCACCUUCACCAUCACCACCACCUCCUUACGUUUACAAAUCCCCACCUCCACCGUCUCCAUCACCACCACCUCCAUACGUCUAUAAGUCCCCACCUCCACCAUCGCCAUCACCACCACCUCCUUACAUUUACAAGUCCCCACCUCCACCAUCACCAUCUCCACCACCACCAUAUGUUUACAACUCUCCACCUCCACCAUCACCAUCCCCACCACCUCCAUAUGUUUACAAAUCUCCUCCUCCACCAUCACCAUCCCCACCACCUCCAUAUGUUUACAAAUCUCCUCCUCCACCUUCUCCCUCACCUCCACCUCCUUACAUUUAUAAGUCUCCUCCUCCACCUUCUCCCUCACCUCCUCCUCCAUAUGUAUACAAAUCACCUCCCCCACCAUCUCCAUCUCCACCACCUCCAUAUAUUUACAAGUCACCACCUCCACCAUCUCCAUCACCACCUCCUCCAUAUAUUUACAAAUCCCCACCUCCACCAUCACCUUCGCCACCACCUCCAUAUGUUUACAAGUCUCCACCACCACCAUCCCCGUCACCACCACCUCCUCCUCCAAAGCAUAUAAGCCACCCACCUUACGUGUACAAAUCUCCUCCACCUCCUCCUCCCAAAUACUACUAUAAGUCACCACCACCGCCAUCUCACAAGCCAUACGUCUACAGCUCACCUCCACCUCCUACAUACUACUGAACAUAACUACAUUUAUCUCAUCUUAAUCUCGUGGAAAAAUAUUUAACGUGGUUAUAUUUGAGUUGUAGAAAUUGUACUCCAGGAUUAUUUCCAUUAAUAUUCAUGUUCAAUUUUUUUUGUACAAUAACAAAGGGUGUAAAUCCUCUCCGUGAAGUGUUAUUGAUUGUACUAUUUAUUUUAUGAAAUGAAAGCCAAUAAUAUUUUUAUA